CACGCACUGAUAUGCGCGCACAGCGCAAGUGAUAUCGUUUCUGACGGUUUCAGUAUCAGUGUUGGUGUCAGUGUGUGUAGACCUCAUUCUCCUUCUCUCCCCCUCCUGCAGCAACAGUCGCUGGACCGCCGUCAUGUCUCUGACCACCGCCUCGCGCCUGCUCCGGAGCGCGCUCCGCGCCCGACUGAUCCCUGCGGCCAAUCUGACGACGAAACCCGCCAAAGAGAACAUCAGUGUUGGGGAACAGGCCAUAGCUAUGACCGCCCUGUUUGUGGCCAUCCUGGGUCCUUCUGGAUGGAUUCUGGCUCACCUGGAGGACUACAAGAAGAAAUAGUAGUGAAUAAAAGUCCUAAAAGACUGUUUAUUUGUUUUUCUGCUGGAGAUGUAGGCAGUAAACCCAGUCUGCUCUGUUCUGUCCUUCCUAUGCGAUGAGACAAGAUGCGACUCUUCUUUUUCUUUGUUCAAAAAUGCACUUCUCAGUGGUGAUAACAUCCAUCGGGACUCUAACCAAUAAAAAUGAAAACAUGCAAA